AUGGACAAUAACUCCCCAGCUCUGCAACCCCAGGCUGCGCCUUGGUCACUGUCGACAUGGUGGGAAGAGUCACCUUCCUCAAGCAACACCCUGAUAUCCCGCGCGCCUCUUCCAGACACGAGAUGCGAACAGUGCGAGGCGGCUAUGAACAGCAAACCGAGGUAUCUUUACCCCAAGGCUGUCUUAAGAGUUGCGCGUGCAUCUCCCGAUACCUGCUGGCAAUGCCGCAUCCUUCUGGCACUGGCUGAAAGGAGGCUGGGAAGACUCCUGGGCAUUGACGAAGUGCUUGAAGUCGUGUGUGCGUGGGACAAUCGUCACAAAAUUAUGAUCCUCUAUCUUGGCACUGGAGGUGGAGAGGAGAACCGACUUGUCAGUAUCUCUUCGCUUAAUGCCUCCUCCUGGCUCAAAACGUGCGUGGCCGACCACGCGGGUUGUCCUGGCAUGGAAGACACCCUCCUCCCGCGCCGAGUCAUCCACAUUGGCGCCAACUAUACCGACAUCCGUCUCGUUGAACACAGCUCACCAACUCUGGGCCGGUACACCUGCGUCAGCCACUGCUGGGGAGGAGCACAGCCGCUAACCACAACCACCCACAACAUCGCGCAACACCUAGAGCGAAUCGAGUGGAACAGCAUCUCCAAAACCUUCCAGGACGCCAUCAAGUUUACCGCCCAUCUCGGAAUUUCGUACAUAUGGAUUGAUUCUCUGUGCAUCAUCCAAGACUCUCCCCAAGACUGGGUAGAGGAGUCGGCCAAGAUGUGUAGCAUCUUUGAGAACGGGCAUCUCACCAUUGCAGCCUCUGCUGCUUCGAAUGGCAGCGGUGGUCUACCAAUUCGCGACUCCUCCGGCUUCGUUCGCCUUAGCGGCACCACAUCCUCUCCUGAAAGCAAACCUUUUGACAUAAUAGGUUACUUCGAGCUAGGCGGCAUAGAGGUACGCGACCACCCUUCCCCAACCAACCAUCGUAUGCCUUUGUUUUCCCGUGGUUGGGUCCAUCAAGAAAUGCUCUUGAGUCCGAGGGUGGUUCAUUUUGCCAAGAAAGAACUGCUGUGGGAGUGUAAAACGGCAGGGACGUGUCAGUGUCCUCAGCCACCCACAUUUCGAAACAUCUUCUUCAAGGAGGGGCACUACGAGGCGCUGAAUCCCUCCAGACAGUCUAGCGCUCGGUUAGCAGGCGAUCUUCUGGCCCGCCAAUGGCACAAGAUCGUCGAGUCAUAUUCCAGCCUCCAUUUGUCGUUCCCGGAGGACAAAUUUCCUGCUCUAUCUGGGCUCGCCCAACAGAUGAGCAAGAGGCGAGGGCAGGAAGUGCGGUACCUAGCCGGCCUUUGGAGUGAUUCCCUCCUGACAGAUUUACUAUGGACUGCGCCGUACAAGUAUGUGUUGAAAAUUGUUCGUAUCCUACAAGGCAAGCACGAGUGGCGAGCACCCAGCUGGUCCUGGGCUGCUCGUGACGUGUCUGUUUAUUUCCCCCGAACGGGGGCAGAAAGGAAUGGGUUUACCUGUGAGGUCAAAGCCCUGUGCAACAUUAUCUGCGCGGAGACUACGCUGGCUACUACGGAUAAAACAGGCCGUAUUUCUGGCGGGCGGCUGGUUGUCAAAGGUAGAUUAUUUGAUGCCAGUCUGUACCGGGACAUUGAACCGUCUGUUUCAAGGGGCGGAACGGGGGAAACCAAGGCUACCAUCACAUUGAGCGUUCAGGUUUCCAUGGACCUGACAGGCGGCGUCAAGACUUUCAUCUCAUAUGCUUUCGAACGCGGAACCUGCGUCAUCUUAUUAUUGACUCAGUCCGACGCCCAAGGGCUCAACAGCUCGAAGCCUGAUGAGCUGGGGAUUUUGGUCAAGGAGGGAUUCAAUCCUGACCCGAUGACCGAGCUUUUGUCCAUGAAGAGGACGGAUAUUAGGGAAUAUAUGGGGAGUGAUAUCAAGGUAUUGAGGAUAGGAAGGGUGGGGAGGAGGAUGCCUGCUCCCGAUGACAAGAAAUGGUUGGCGGAUAUGGAGUAUGCACUGGUUUUGCAAGGCAUUGACAUUGAACCGACGAACCCUGACGGUGCUGGGGCGGCAAGGACCUACAGGCGAAUCGGCAUCAUUCAUCACGGUCGUGAGGGCUACAAGGGAGUGGAGAAUGCAAGAGAGGAUUUUUGGGAGCGCUAUCCGAGUUGCUUCGAGGAGGGCGGAAGAGAGGAGACAAUCACUCUUGUCUAGACUGGUACAGCGCCGCAG